GCCGCCGCUGCCGCCGCCGCUGCCGCCGCCGCCGGGCCUCGGAAGUGCCGAGAGCGUUGUUGGGGAUCGUGGCGCGCGCGAACGCCGCCGCCGCUGCCCGGGACAGCCCGGAGAAACUCGCAUCGUGUCUGCCAAGAUCCUUCAUCACAAGGAGCAAUGCUGCCCCGAUGGGAACUGUCUUUUUACCUGGUUGCUUCACUAGGCUUCCACUUAUAUUCUUUCUAUGAAGUUUACAAAGUGUCCAGAGAACAUGAAGAAGAACUGGACCGACAGUUUGACCUGGAGGCUGGCACUUUAUUUGGAGGAUUAAAGAAGGACCCAACUGACUUUGAGUGGAGCUUCUGGAUGGAAUGGGGAAAACCGCGCCUGGUGCGCUUUCUGCUGGGCCAUAUGGCUGUGUCUCAGAUGGUCAACGUGCUUGCAAGGAAGCACAGACCCUGGAUCCUGGGGGCUUAUGGAAUGUGGGCCUCCUGGUGUGUUCUGGGGGCCCAAGGCACGGCCAUAAUUUUUCUCCACACCUUCAUCUCCUUCUGCGUAGCCCAGUUCAAGUCGCAGCUCCUGUCAUGGCUCUGUUCUCUUUUGCUGCUCUCCACACUGAGGCUGCAAGAUGUGGAGGAAGUUAAGAGAGGGUGGUACCAGACAGAAAAUGAGUACUACUUGCUGCAGUUCACGCUGACCGUGCGUUGCCUGUACUACACCAGCUUCAGCCUCGAGUUCUGCUGGCGGGAGACUGAGAACGGCUUCUACUCCUUCCCCUGGCUGGUGGCCUACGUCUUCUAUUACCCUGUUUUCCACAACGGGCCCAUCCUCAGCUACCCGGAGUUCAUCGCCCAGAUGCAGCAGCAAGAGUACUGCUCACUGAAGUCCAGCCUUCCCGCCUUUGCCCUGGGGCUGGGUCGCCUCCUCUGCUACUGGUGGCUGGCAGAGCUGAUGGUUCACCUCAUGUACAUGCACGCCAUCUACAGCAGCGCCCCUCUUCUGAGGGCCGUCUCUUGUUGGACCUUAGGAGGACUGGCAUUGGCUCAAGUGAUCUUUUUCUACUUGAAGUACUUGGUGCUUUUUGGUGUCCCAGCUCUGCUCAUGCGUCUGGAUGGACUCACACCACCACCCCUCCCUCGCUGUGUGAGCACCAUGUUCAGUUUCACGGGGAUGUGGAGGUAUUUUGACGUUGGACUGCAUGAUUUCUUAAUCAGGUAUGUGUACAUUCCCGUAGGUGGGUCCCAGCAUGGCCUGCUGGGGACACUGUUUUCCACUGCACUGACGUUUGCAUUUGUGAGCUUCUGGCAUGGUGGCCAUGACUACCUCUGGUACUGGGCAGCGCUCAACUGGCUGGGAGUCAUCACGGAGAACGCAGUCCAGAGGCUCGUGCAGACCCCGUGCAUCCAGGACAGCUUGAUUCACUUCCUUUCCCCACAAGCCCGCCGUCGAUUCCAUGCUGCCUUUGCGUCUUGUUCCACCUCCAUGCUGAUCCUGUCCAACCUGGUGUUUCUCGGGGGCAGUCAAGUCGGGAAAAUCUACUGGAACAGAAUCUUCAUACAAGGCACACUGCCCCACUGCCCCACUGCCCAGGAAAUCAGAAGAUGCCAGUCAACAUACGGAAAUGCUAUGCGGCCGUCUAAAGUCUCUGGCUGGCCGUACGUGACGCUCUCUGUCCUGGGAUUCCUGUACUGCUACUCCCAUGUGGGCAUUGCCUGGUCCCGGACAUACUCCGUGGACUAAAGCUGACCGGCCCACGCCAGCCCUUACUGCUGGCCUCCGAGGCAAAUGGUGCUUCACCCUGACCUUGCACACCAAGAUCACCUCCGAGGGACCAGUGCUUGUUUGAUCUGUUCAUCUUUUGUUGAAGUUACCUCACUCCAAGACUGGAAGCUGGAGCUGUCAUAGAAAAUUGACAACCAGAGAGGCUUCUAACUUUGGGGACCCAGAGCUCCUCUCCCCUUGUCAUAUUCCUGCUGAGUAAGCAAGGGUCCAGAGCAGGAGUAUCUCGCUCAGCUGUACAUGCUGACGUUGUGCUCUAGAACCCAGUCCCGGUGGCCCUUUGGGUUCUUUCUACUUUACCAAGAAUUAAAUGCAAUAGACAUUUCUCGAUUAGAGCACAGAAAUCCUGAUAGUGGUAAGGCCUGUUCUCCACUGAGUGUACUUCUGAAGCAUUUUGGUAACAUGUGAGUGACCUCUUCCCCAUGUCCUGUGGUGUGGUCUCUCAAACCAGCACUGGGGGCGAGUUUCACACUUCAGCUCCUCAGCAGGGAGGGAACACCACCACAGCCCUGUUUCUAAUUGCCCAAUCAAGGAACAUACAACAUGUCCUGUGGUUUCCAAGGGGUCAGUACCUAAGGAGACCUGUUAUUUGAACACUGUCCAGGUGAUUGUGCCCUAGAUUUACAGAGAAGGAUAAAUAUGGCAGUUCCUCUAGCAGACGGUUAAUCUUCAUUUCCCAGUAUAGAAGCAGAAUUAAGAAACCAGGGGAUAGCAUGUCCACAGACUAGUGCUGUCAGGCAAGUGACAGAGAGUAAGGAUGGUUACCGUCAUCUUUUCUACUCUCCGUGCAAGUCAGCUCCAGCAGUCAUCUUCCUGCGCAGUGGUUGACACUCAGUAGUUCACAUUGUUUUGUUUUGUUUCAAAUAAAAUGGAGCCUUUUCUAUCACAUUGAUAAUUUACGUAGUUGUAGAAUCAUUUUGAAUUUUUUUUGAGGAAAAUGCUUAAAUUCUAAACACGCAUAACUCUUAACUGUUCACUCUUUUGGAAAGCACAUGACAGACCACUGACCCAAGUAGUAGAUAAUUCUGAAUAUGUCUGGCUUCAGAGGGUGGUGGUGGUGGUGGUUUUGAGAGAGCAGAUGCUGAGUGGUAAAGAAGCUUUGAGGUUUCAAUCCAUUGUGUACCUCAUUAUGGGUAAACUUAAUAUAUAUCUCAAACACGUGAAUUAAAUUGUUAUUGAAUGAAAGGUUCUCUUGGA